CGGAAACUAGAGAGGAAUCUUUAAUGUCUCAAGGCUGUGUGUUGUUUACCUGACUCUUGUUAGCAUUGUUUCAACGUAUAAUUUACAGCCGUCUUAAAAAAUCUUGUCUUGUUGAACAAUUCUGGUUCCCAAAUAUCAGCGUUUUUGAUACAUUUUCUUGGCAUUAAAUGGGCCAUAGGUAUAAUCGACGUUUUGGUGGUAGAAUAUCUUACAUCAACCAAUGGGUUAAGUAUUCUUUAUGCUUGGCGAACUUCAUUUUCUUAGCUGUUGGAACAUUGUUUCUUGUGUUCGGUAUGGUCGCAUUUAGUGAGUCGGGAGGUAUACCAUGGAAAUCUAAAACUAUUGCAUUGCACUGGCUUUUCAACCUAACCGUAAUUUUUAUGGUCGUUGGGGUCAUAACCUUAUUUGUUUCACUGGCUGGUUUUGUCGGAUCUUUACGUGAAAACACUUGUCUGCUGAGAUUUUAUUACUUCAUUUUAACGUUGCUUUUUCUGACAGAGGUUGUUUGCUGCGUAUUGUUCUUUGUGUACCGUGAAUCAACUGUCCACAGGCUUGAAGAGUUAAUCAAAACUACUUUUGUUAUUCAAUAUAGAGAAAUUGGAUUUGAGGAUACAACAAACUUUAUGGAUUUUAUUCAAAAAGAGCUUAAUUGUUGCGGACCUAAGUCAUAUCUUGAUUGGACAGCUAAUCGAUACUUUUCAUGUGAUAAAUCUAAUAUAAGCCCUGAAGCUUGUGGAGUUCCAUAUUCUUGUUGCCGUCAAAUGAAUGAUAUCAGUGUUAAUAUUAUUAAUACAUCGUGUGGAUUUGGUGUACAAAAAUUAACAACUGCUGAAGCCAAUCGUUUGGUAUGGACAACUGGAUGUGUUCAUGCUCUUAUCAAUGCAGUGGAAAGCAACAUAGUCUAUUUCGCUUAUGGGUUUGUUAGCGUAGCUGUGUUUCAGCUUAUAGCUAUCCUACUUGCAAAGACACUGCAUACACAAAUCAAUGAUCAACUGCGUUUACUGCAUCAAGAAAAUAAUUACUUUUGAGAAUUUUUCUUCCGUCCGUCUAAAGAUAAUGUGCAUUAUUAUUAUUAUUAUUAUCACUAUUUGUAAGUAAAAAAAUAUAUUUUUGGAUUAUUUUUGGUGACUACUGCUAAUUCUUCAUCAAUCACUGAAACAACAAUUUACUCAUCUUAUAUGGAAUGAAUAAAGAUAAUAAUACGAAAAAUCCUUUCCUCAUCAAAUCGAUGUAUAUAUUCAUUCCUGACUGAUCCCACUGUGAUUUGAACUUGCUCAGUUCUUUGCUUGUUUUAUUUUUGCUGUUACAUCCUAAUGAAUUACAAUUUGUUAUCUGAAAAAUGAUGUAAAAUAUAAAUCGUAUUCUUUUGAAAUUUUAUUUUUUCUUAAUCUAAAACAUUGUCAAUGAUGAUUGUUUGUAUUAUAUUAUCUUUCAUUUUUAUAAUGAAUUUAUUUUAUUUCAUUAUAUUAGUAUUAUUCGAUGUAAUUUCCAUUCAUAAUUUUAAAGGAAUUAGAUCAACGACAUCAACAUAUCAUACAAGAUACUUAAAAUAUACAAAAUCUCUAAUUUAAGACUACUCUUUAUCAACAGCAUAUCUUUUCAUUGUAUUCAGCUUACAAAAGAGUUCAUUUGUUUUAGUCACUAAUCAAUUAAUCAGAAUGUUAACGUGAUUAUUCAAUUCAGUCUUAAAUAUAUAAAUACUCGCAAUAAGAUGAAUACUUGUUUAACAAAUGGUAUUCCUCAUAAUCUAUCAGCUUGGUAGAUGAAAAUCUAAUGUUCAUGAGGAUGGUUACUAGCUUCAUGUUUCAAUGAGAACAAUAUAGAUACAGACA